UGCUCCAGUGGAUCUCCACGAAGGAAAGCAAGUCGUCAUCCUUGAGGGUUUAAGAACAUGAAAGCUGUCAUCAUAUCUUGCCUGUUCGCGGCCGCUUUGGUGGCAAAUGCCGAGGUUGAGAAGGCAAAUGCCGAGGAUGAGAAGGGUCCGAAGGAAAUGAACCUGGUCCGUACCAAGAGGGAGCUUAAUUAUCCCGCGGCGUACGAGACUGAACACAGUGAGUCUGGCGGUGCAGAUCUUAUCAUUCAGGUGAAGCAGAUGGUAAAUGGUGGUUCAUCCUGUUGCUGUGGAGGCAGUUGCUGUGGUCAUUGUUGCCAUCGUAAUGGGCAUGAUUGUGCCGAAAACAAUGAGGAAACUGAAAGCUUACCCACUUUAGUUCCUGUUCCAUAAGAAAUUAUAUGGAAAAGGCAAACCAUUUCCAGAACAAACUUCAUUCUUAGAUACCCGAAAAUAAUGUCAGAUUUUUAGAGGGCUUUUCUGUGUUGCACGAAUAUAAAUUAAUGUACUGCAUAUGUUCUGGUAUUAUAUGACAGAAAAAAACAUUAUAUGGAGCAUGAACAAUUUGGCUUAAAUAAACUUUGGAUCAAUCUGA